CCACUGUUUUUCCAACAUAGCAUCAACAUAGAAGUUAUUCUGUAGGCUCCAGGAUGCAGCGAUGGGCUGCACUGCCAGCAUUGUUCUGCUUCAGGCUUUUCGCUCUGUGGUCCAGAGGAGCUGUCCACGCAUUUGUAGAAGACGCCAGGAGGAACCGUCCCAUGAAAUUGUGCCUCUGGAAAGUGACGAUGAAAUGAGUAGACCCAGAACUCUCAUCAUAAUGCAGGAAAAACCCAGGCUUCUGGAGCCAUUGGAUUAUGAAGCUGUCAUUGAAGAACUCGAGAAGACCUACAGGAAUGAUCCUCUUCACGACCUCCUCUUCUUCCCCAGUGAUGACUUUUCGACAGCCACGGUUCCCUGGGACAUCCGCACGCUGUACUCAACGGUGCCUGACGACGCGGAGCACAAAGCAGAAAGCUUGCUGGUGAAAGAGGCUUGUAAAUUCUAUAGUUCCCAGUGGCAUGUGGUCAACUACAAAUAUGAACAAUAUUCAGGAGACAUCCGACACUUGCCCCGAGCAGAAUACAAACCAGAGAAACUUCCUUCACAUUCCUUUGAGGUUGACCAUGAAGAUGCUGAUAAGGACGAAGAUACCACAUCCCACUCAUCUUCCAAGGGUGGUGGGGGAGCUGGAGGCACUGGAGUGUUCAAGUCUGGCUGGCUAUACAAGGGGAAUUUCAACAGCACCGUGAACAAUACUGUCACUGUUCGGUCAUUCAAAAAGCGCUACUUCCAGCUAACUCAGUUGCCAGAUAACUCCUACAUUAUGAACUUUUACAAAGAUGAAAAAAUAUCCAAAGAACCCAAAGGCUGCAUCUUUCUGGAUUCCUGCACAGGUGUGAUUCAGAAUAACAGGCUAAGGAAAUAUGCCUUUGAAUUGAAAAUGAACGACCUGACCUAUUUUGUGCUGGCAGCUGAAACAGAGUCUGAUAUGGAUGAAUGGAUCCACACCCUCAACCGCAUCCUGCAGAUCAGUCCUGAGGGGCCCCUUCAGGGGAGGAGGAGUGCAGAGCUGGCUGAACUGGGGCUGGAUCCACUGGAUAAUUCUGUAACUUGUGAAUGCACGCCAGAGGAAACAGAUUCUUCAGAGAACAGCCUACACCCAGACUUUGCAAAAUACCUCACAGAAACGGAAGAUACAGUCAGGAAGGCCCGGAACAUGGAGAGGCUGAAUCUGUUCUCACUGGACCCAGACAUAGAUACCUUGAAACUUCAAAAGCAAGAUCUUUUAGAGCCUGAGUUUGUGAUCAGACCGUUUGAAGAGAAAGCUGCCAAGAGAAUCAUGGUUAUUUGUAAAGCCCUCAACUUAAGUCUUCAGGGAUGUGUUACAGAGAAUGAAAAUGAUCCCGUAACAAACAUUGAGCCGUUUUUUGUGAGUGUGGCACUUUAUGACCUCAGAGACAACAGGAAGAUUUCUGCCGACUUUCAUGUGGACCUAAAUCACCCUGCUGUCAGACAGAUGCUCCCAGGAGGAGCUCUGUCUUUGGAAAAUGGUGACAUUGACAGUGUCACCCCCCGACAGUCCGAAGAGCCCCACAUCAAGGGACUUCCAGAGGAGUGGCUGCACUUUCCUAAGCAGGCUAUAUUUUCUGUAAAUAAUCCGCAUUCUGAAAUCGUUUUGGUGGCCAAAAUUGAAAAGGUCCUCAUGGGCAACAUCGCAAGUGGUGCUGAGCCUUAUAUUAAGAAUCCAGAUUCCAACAAGUUUGCACAAAAAAUACUAAAAUCCAAUAGGCAGUUCUGCAGCAAAUUGGGGAAAUACCGCAUGCCCUUUGCUUGGGCAGUGAGAUCUGUAUUUAAAGACAACCAGGGAAAUGUGGACAGAGAUUCGAGGUUUUCUCCAUUGUAUAGACAAGAAAAUAGCAAGAUUUCAGCUGAGGACCUCCUGAAAGUGGUCUCAGAUUAUAGAAGGGCUGACCGAAUAAGCAAGGUGCAGACCAUACCCGGAAGCCUGGAUAUUGCCAUUGACAACAUUCCUUUGGAGCAUCCAAACUGUGUAACAUCGUCCUUUAUCCCUGUCAAGCCUUUCAACAUGAUGGCUCAAUCAGAACCCACAGUGGAGGUGGAAGAAUUUAUUUAUGACACCACCAAGCAUUGUCGUCCUUAUAGAGUGUACAAAAAUCAAAUUUAUAUUUACCCCAAGCACCUCAAGUACGACAGUCAGAAAUGUUUCAACAAGGCACGAAAUAUAACGGUGUGUGUUGAAUUCAAGAAUUCCGAUGAAGAUGGUGCCAAGCCCGUGAAGUGUAUCUAUGGAAAACCUGGAGGACCCCUCUUCACCUCAGCUGCCUACACAGCAGUUCUACACCAUUCUCAGAACCCAGAUUUUUCUGAUGAGGUAAAAAUUGAGCUGCCAACACAACUCCAUGAGAAGCACCACAUUUUGUUUUCUUUUUAUCACAUCACAUGUGACAUCAAUGCCAAAGCUAAUGCCAAAAAGAAAGAGGCUCUGGAAACAUCAGUGGGAUAUGCUUGGCUUCCUCUGAUGAAACGUGAUCAAAUAGCAUCUCAAGAGUAUAAUCUCCCAAUAGCAACAACCCUGCCUCCUAAUUAUUUAAGCACUCAAGAUUCUUCAAGUGGGAAGCACGUUGGGGGUGAUGUGAAGUGGGUUGAUGGUGGCAAACCACUAUUCAGAGUGUCGACAUUUGUUGUAUCAACAGUGAAUGCUCAGGACCCACGUGUGAAUGCAUUUUUCCAGCAGUGCCAAAAAAGAGAGAAAGACAUGUCUCGGUCACCUACCUCAAGUUUCAUCCGAGCUUGUAAGAACUUAUUAAAUGUGGAAAAGAUUCAUUCCAUCAUGAGUUUUCUGCCUAUAAUCUUGAAUCAACUCUUCAAAGUCCUGGUGCUGAAUGAGGAGGAGGAAAUAAGCACAACCAUCACCAGGGUUCUGGCUGACUUUGUGGCCAAGUGUCAUGAGGAGCAACUAGACCACCCCGUCCAGUCCUACAUUAAGUUUGUUUUCAAGACCAGGACAUACAAGGAGAGAACGAUACAUGAGGAAUUGGCUAAAAAUAUGACUGGUCUUUUAAAGUCAAAUGACUCAACAACAGUCAAGCAUGUCCUAAAGCAUUCCUGGUUCUUCUUUGCAAUCAUCCUGAAAUCAAUGGCACAGCAUUUGGUGGACACAAAUAGAAUUCAGCUUUCCCGAUCUCAAAGAUUUCCUGAAUCCUACCAAAAUGAGUUGGAUGGUCUUGUGAUGUGCCUAUGCGACCACGUGAUUUUGAAAUACAAGGAUGCUCUUGAGGAAACAAAGAGGGCGAAUCUCAGUGCAGCCAGAUUUCUUAAGCGCUGCUUUACGUUCAUGGACCGAGGAUUUGUGUUCAAGAUGGUGAACAAUUACAUCAGCAUGUUCUCCUCCGGUGAUUUCAAGACCUUAUGCCAGUAUAAGUUUGAUUUUCUUCAAGAAGUAUGUCAUCAUGAGCAUUUCAUACCUCUGUGCCUUCCCAUAAGAUCUGCAAACAUUCCAGAUCCCCUGACACCUUCAGAAUCAAUUCAAGAAUUACAUGCAUCAGAUAUGCCUGAAUAUUCCAUCACAAAUGAAUUUUGCCGCAAACACUUCUUAAUCGGACUUCUGCUCCGAGAAGUUGGCUUUGCCCUGCAGGAAGACCAAGAUAUCAGGCACUUAGCGUUAGCAGUCCUAAAAAAUCUAAUGGCUAAGCAUUCAUUCGAUGAUCGAUACAGAGAACCUAGGAAGCAGGCCCGGAUAGCAAGCCUUUACAUGCCCCUGUAUGGCAUGCUCCUGGACAACAUGCCCAGGAUAUACCUGAAGGACCUAUAUCCUUUUACUGUCAAUACAUCGAAUCAGGGUUCUCGAGAUGACCUCAGCACCAAUGGAGGGUUUCCAACCCAGACAUCCAUGAAGCACGCCACUUCCGUGGACACGUCAUUUUCCAAAGAUGUUUUAAAUUCCAUCGCAGCCUUUUCAUCAAUAGCUGUUUCUACAGUAAACCAUGCUGAUUCCAGAGCAUCCUUAGCCAGCCUCGACUCCAAUCCAAGCAGCAAUGACAAGAGCAGCGAAAAGACAGACAACUGUGAAAAGAUCCCAAGGCCUUUAUCUUUGAUUGGGUCAACUCUUCGAUUUGACAAAUUAGACCAAGCAGAGACCAGGAGUCUUCUUAUGUGCUUUCUUCACAUUAUGAAAACAAUUUCAGAUGAGACUCUGAUCGCCUACUGGCAGAGAGCACCCAGUCCUGAGGUGUCCGAUUUCUUCAGUAUCUUGGAUGUUUGUCUUCAAAAUUUCAGAUACCUGGGAAAACGUAACAUAAUAAGAAAAAUUGCUGCUGCAUUUAAAUUUGUGCAGUCCACCCAGAACAAUGGGACACUCAAAGGUUCUAAUCCCUCCUGUCAGGGGUCAGGCCUCCUGUCACAGUGGAUGCACCCAGCUUCUGGUCAUGAAGGACACAAGCAGCACAGAUCUCAAACCUUACCAAUAAUUCGAGGCAAAAAUGCACUCUCCAACCCCAAGCUUUUACAGAUGUUGGACAACAGCAUGACCAGCAACUCCAAUGAAAUAGACAUUGUACAGCAUGUAGACACCGAGGCCAAUACAGCCACAGAGGUCUGCCUCACCAUUCUAGAGCUGCUCUCCCUCUUCACUCACGUCCACCAGAGACAGCUCCAACAAGCUGACUGUCAAAAUUCAUUGAUGAAAAGGGUCUUCGAUACGUACAUGCUCUUUUUCCAAGUCAACCAGUCCGCCACCGCACUGAAGCAUGUGUUUGCUUCUUUGAGACUGUUUGUGUGCAAGUUUCCUUCAGCAUUCUUUCAAGGGCCUGCCGACUUCUGUGGAUCAUUCUGCUAUGAAGUCCUAAAAUGCUGUAAUCACAGGUCACGGUCUACACAGACAGAAGCCUCAGCAUUGCUGUACUUCUUCAUGAGGAAGAACUUUGAAUUUAACAAGCAGAAGUCAAUUGUGCGGUCCCACUUACAACUAAUCAAAGCAGUAAGCCAGUUAAUAGCUGAUGCUGGGAUUGGAGGCUCUCGGUUUCAACAUUCCCUUGCAAUUACUAAUAAUUUUGCCAAUGGAGAUAAACAAAUGAAAAACAGCAAUUUCCCAGCAGAGGUGAAAGACCUGACCAAGCGUAUAAGGACAGUGUUGAUGGCCACGGCUCAGAUGAAGGAGCAUGAGAAGGACCCUGAGAUGCUGGUGGAUCUCCAGUACAGCCUGGCAAACUCCUACGCAAGCACGCCUGAGCUACGGAGGACGUGGCUGGAAAGCAUGGCCAAGAUUCAUGCAAGAAAUGGAGACCUAUCUGAGGCUGCUAUGUGUUACAUCCAUAUAGCUGCUCUCAUCGCAGAAUACCUGAAAAGAAAGGGUUACUGGAAAAUGGAAACAAUUUGCACACCACCCCUGCUCCCGGAGGAAACCCAUCCCAGUGAUAGCAUUCCAUUACUAACAAGUCCGGUUGGAGGAAGUAUGUUCUCUAUGGGAUGGCCAGCUUUUCUGAGCAUCACCCCAAAUAUUAAAGAAGAAGGAGCAAUGAAGGAAGAUUCUGGAAUGCAAGAUACACCAUAUAAUGAGAACAUCCUGGUGGAACAGCUGUACAUGUGUGUGGAGUUUCUCUGGAAAUCUGAACGCUACGAGCUCAUCGCCGAUGUUAACAAGCCCAUCAUUGCUGUUUUCGAGAAGCAACGGGACUUCAAAAAAUUGUCGGAUCUCUACUAUGACAUUCACCGGUCCUAUCUGAAAGUGGCAGAGGUGGUGAACUCAGAGAAGCGGUUGUUUGGUCGCUACUACCGUGUGGCAUUUUAUGGCCAGGCUGUGGGGUUUUUUGAAGAAGAAGAAGGUAAGGAAUACAUCUAUAAAGAGCCUAAGCUGACGGGUCUCUCCGAGAUCUCCCAAAGACUACUCAAACUCUACGCAGACAAAUUCGGAGCAGACAACGUGAAGAUAAUCCAGGACUCCAACAAGGUAAACCCCAAGGAUUUGGACCCCAAAUAUGCCUAUAUCCAGGUGACUUACGUCACACCUUUCUUUGAAGAAAAAGAAAUAGAGGAGCGGAAGACGGACUUCGAGAUGCAUCAUAACAUCGGCCGCUUUGUCUUUGAGACGCCCUUCACGCUGUCGGGCAAGAAGCACGGCGGCGUGGCUGAGCAGUGCAAGCGCAGGACCGUCCUGACGACCAGUCACCUGUUCCCAUACGUGAAGAAGAGGAUCCAGGUCGUCAGCCAGUGGAGCACAGAGCUGAAUCCUAUUGAAGUGGCCAUAGAUGAGAUGUCCAGGAAGGUUUCCGAGCUAAAUCAGCUAUGCGCCACGGAUGAGGUGGACAUGAUCCGGCUGCAGCUCAAGCUCCAGGGCAGUGUCAGCGUGAAGGUCAAUGCCGGGCCAAUGGCCUAUGCCCGAGCCUUUCUUGAAGAAACGAAUGCAAAGAAAUAUCCUGACAACCAAGUAAAGCUUCUGAAGGAAAUCUUCAGGCAAUUUGCUGAUGCCUGUGGACAGGCCCUCGACGUGAAUGAGCGCCUCAUCAAGGAGGACCAGCUAGAGUACCAGGAAGAACUGAGGUCCCAUUAUAAGAACAUGCUCAGUGAACUCUCUGCCAUCAUGAACGAGCAGCUCUGUCGAGGUCCGUGUUUAUACAGCUUCUGUUCCUCUGUGUCUAGCAUUUCCCUCAGUACUGUGAGCAAAAAUGAUUGUGGGCAGGGACGACCCGGCAAAGCGCGGAGCGGAGCGGCUCUGUACGCGUGUCACUAGCAAGGCGACCGCGGCCGUGCCCCUGGUCUCCAUCUCAGCCAGCGACGGACUGUGAGAGGAGCCCUGCGCCGGGCAGCAGGCACAUCUCAGAGAACUUUCCGAAGUUGCAGCUGAUCUUGGGAAAGAGCAAGAUAAACUUAAUUUAUUCGAAGUUCCUCCAGUGUUACUGUUUUUGUUUACCUCGUGAGCUUGAGAAUUUCGCCAGCCUACGGAUUUGCACAAUUCCUAUGACUUCUUUUGAUUCUCCCUUUUGAGUGGUGUUGAUCAAACCAAGCUGAAUAUUUGCCAUAAAUUUCCAAUCAAUGUGCAGCUCAAAAGCAAACUCUGAGUUUGCUCGUGGUUAUAAUAUGUUCAGUAUCUGGUCCUGAUACACAUAUUUUAAAGGUCAAAGUGAAUGUUUUUUGUAACAUUUAAGCAUAUUUCAGAUGUAAAUAGAAGAUUGUAAAAUAUAUGGUUUUUACCAAUUUCAAAGAAUGUUUUUAGUUAAUACUUAUGACAGUACUAA